UUCCCAUCGACCCUUGCGGCAGGACGAGCGUCAACAGCCGUUGCCAACAACUUCAAACAGCCUUUCGAGCCUGUCAGCGGUGUGUCGCCUGCUGAACUGCCUCUUCCUCUGGCCUGACACCUGGAACCAUGCUGUCCUUCGCCCUGAGACAACUCACACGGCCGCUGUGCCAUCGCACCCCAAUUCGUGUCAGCGUGCGUGGCCAGCACGCUGCCACCCGUACAGUGGAUGAAGAUCGUCCGUGGACGGGUCAGGAGAGCCUAGCUCAAGAUGACCCCGAAAUGUGGGAUCUGCUGCAGAAAGAGAAAGACAGGCAGUGUCGUGGUUUGGAGCUCAUUGCAUCUGAGAAUUUCUGCAGCCGAGCAGCUCUGGAAGCUCAGGGCUCCUGUCUGAACAACAAAUACUCUGAAGGCUACCCAGGGAGAAGGUACUAUGGAGGAGCAGAAGUGGUUGACCAGAUUGAGCUGCUGUGUCAGAGGAGAGCUCUAGAGGCCUUUGACCUGGACCCAGCUCAGUGGGGUGUCAACGUCCAGCCGUACUCUGGAUCGCCAGCUAACUUUGCAGUCUACACUGCUGUGCUAAAGCCCCAUGACCGUAUCAUGGGCCUGGACCUGCCCGAUGGAGGACAUCUGACCCAUGGCUACAUGUCUGAUGUGAAGAGAAUCUCAGCGACAUCAAUCUAUUUUGAAUCCAUGCCCUACAAACUAAAUACUGCAACAGGACUCAUAGACUACGACCAGAUGGAGUUGACGGCCAAGCUGUUCCGGCCCAAGCUCAUCAUCGCUGGCACCAGUGCCUAUGCCCGCCUCAUUGACUAUGCCCGCAUUAAGAAGCUCUGCACCAACAUUAAUGCCUACAUGCUUGCUGACAUGGCUCAUAUAAGUGGCCUGGUAGCAGCCAAAGCCAUCCCCUCCCCAUUUGAACAUGCUGACCUGGUCACCUCCACCACACACAAGUCUCUCCGAGGAGCCAGGGCUGGCCUCAUCUUCUAUCGUAAGGGCGUUCGCUCGGUGGACAAGAAGGGAAAGGAAAUCAUGUACGACCUUGAGGACAAGGUCAACUUCUCUGUCUUUCCCUCCCUGCAGGGUGGACCUCAUAACCAUGCUAUUGCUGGAGUAGCUGUGGCACUCAGACAGGCACAGUCUCCCAUGUUUAAGGAGUACAUUGCCCAGGUCCUAAAGAACGCCAAGUCCAUGGCUGCAGCUCUUCUCAGCAAAGGCUACACCCUGGUAUCAGAUGGGACCGACAACCACCUGGUCCUGGUGGAUCUGCGGCCUAAGGGCAUUGAUGGGGCUCGAGCUGAGAGGGUGCUGGAGCUCGUGUCAAUCACUGCAAAUAAGAACACCUGCCCCGGGGACAAGAGCGCCCUGACUCCUGGUGGCCUCAGGCUAGGUGCUCCAGCUCUGACCUCCAGACAGUUUAAAGAGGCCGACUUUGUGCAAGUUGUCGAGUUCAUGGAUGAAGGCUUCAGGAUUGCGUUGGAUGUGAAGAAAAAGACAGGAAAGCUCCAGGACUUCAAGAACUUCCUUCUUCAGGACCCAGAGACCGUCGCUCGCAUCGCAGACUUGCGCCACCGUGUUGAAGCUUUUGCCAGACCCUUUCCCAUGCCAGGGUUCCACGACCAUUAGGCCGGCCGAUGUGGAGUCACUGGUCUGUGACAGCCAGAUGGCAGAAACCUGGCUGGGCAGAAGUGUGCAUGGAGAAAAUGGAAAAAUGUCAUGUAGUGAAAUGUGUUUGUGCCUGUGAAUUUGGAUGACUUGAGUUCACUUUUUUCCAAUCAGAUCUGAAGAAGCGUUUUUUGUACUUCUUUGCAGUCAUCCAUCAAUCUAUUCUUGUAACAACAUGGCCUCCAUGUUGAGGCAAAAGAAACAAUAACAUUUGUCAGAUUUUGUAGAGCAGAAGAACCUAUUUUCUAUUGUGUGUGUGAAGAUCUUUCUCAGCUGUCUUCCCACCACUUGUUUAACGCAAAUGUGUGGGAGGAAAAAAGUAACAUGUCAAAUGAAACAAAGACCAACACUUGUUAUCACAGUCUGUGUGAAGUGAUAAAUGUAUAAUUAGUCAUUAUAACAAGAUACGCUGAGAGUCUUAAUUCUGUAAAGAGUCUUAACUAAUGUCACUAAUGUAUUUUACUAUGUUCAUGAGAUGUUUGCAUGGCAGCUUGGUGCUGUCAUCGUCAGUCUUUGAAACCAGGUACACAAACAAGUAUCAUGAGGUUAAGGGGUGUUUUGUCAAGCAAUGAUGUACUGGCCUUCUUUUUUUAGGGAAAUGUUUUGUUGAAAAUCUGAAAUUAACCCUAACUAUCAGAAUGUCAUUUUUGAAAUUUAGCUCUUUAACUUAGAAAAGAUAUGACCUACUUCUUUCCAAAGUUGAAGGGUUCAAGCCAAAAUUAUAGAGAAGACGGACACUACGCAACACUACAACUGUUCACAUAAGUUGUUUGAGAACACAUUUAACACAGAGCAAACAAAAGUCAAAUAUCAGCUUUAAAAUUAGAGUAUAAUGUGAAUUUCUAUUAGAUUGUGACAUAUGUCCAAAAUUUGAGAAUGUCAUUUUCUUUUGACUUUGCUAUAACUGUCUUCUCUUUUUUGUUCCAGCAUAUCAUAGAUGUCAGGUUUAAUGCUCUUUAUUUUCUUAGGACAAAAUCGUUAUAAUAACCAAAUGGAGUAAUAACAGAAAUGCUGGUCUGCAUUGUGUCCCAUUUGUUUCAUUUUGUUUACAGAGAGUAUAUACUUUUCUUUGUAUUUAAAAAGAAUCGCCACCAUUUCACAAAUAUCUGUAGGUUUCUGGUACCAUGCUUAUUUGUUAUACGACACAAAAGACAGCUUGUACUGCAGUCGGCCUGAUUUGAGUGUCAUUUUUUUGCAAUGUGGUGUUCAGUGAUGGAAGCUGUGAAGCAGCUUGAUUUGAUAAAACAUUCUCUGAGUAUUUUGUUGUCUGUCUGGUUCACAGAUUGGCACUGUUGUCAUUGUCACUGCAUCAGUGAGGAAGCAAGAUUUCUGUUUGUGAAACGGUCUUACAGCACAAUUGAGAAAGAGACGUAAAAAUGAUGUGCUACUUUCCUACUUUGCACAGAACACAUCUUUUAAAGUGAACAAAUUCAAUUUUUCUGACAAGCAUUCGCCAAAAUAUACCAACAAGUAUUUUACUGUGGUGUUCACAAAUCUACUGUUUGUCUGUUAUCAUCUCUGAUGUGCUUCCAGCCAUUGUACACAACCACCAGUUUGAACUAACUUUCUUUUACAGAAUGUUUUUAUUAAUUUUAUUAGCAGAGUCCUAAUAAAAAUCCAAUAAUGCAAAUGUA